AUGUUUCCUAGUCGUGUUUUGCCAUUUCUUAUGCAUGGCAUGGGUGGGUGUUUUCUUGUAGCGAAGCUCUGUCCUUUUGGUGAAGACUCAGAAAGUGAAUGUUAUUCUUUCCAACCUUCUGAUCUUCCAUGUGGACCUCUCAUGGAUGAAGUUUCCAGCUUUCCAGCUGGGGCAAACGAGUCGUUUUCAGUUAUACUGCCAAGGCCUGGCCAACCAAUUCUGAAGCCUUUUUUAGAUGUAAGAGAAAUGGGAGGACAUGGACAGCAAUUAAACCAGCUUGUUGCUCAAUUCAAUUCCUCUCCCAAGCUAAUUUUCUUCGAAGAAAAUGGGGUCCCUGAAUUUUGCAUUGGCCUUGGGGAAAGAAAAACUGACAGAAUAGCUUUGCUUUCUAUAAAGGAUCAGCUUGUUGGUGCUUAUCCAGGAGCUCUCGAUUCAUGGAAUGCUUCUCUCCACUUCUGUGAGUGGCAAGGUGUUACGUGUGGUAGUCGCCACCAGAGAGUCACUGCUCUGGACUUGGAUGGCUUGAAACUUGAUUUGCAAGGUAACAUACCUAAGGAAGUUGGCUACCUAAGGCGGUUGCGUGUUUUUGAGCUGUUUCGAAAUAAUCUCCAUGGAACAAUCCCUGUGGAGCUUGCCAAUUGCUCAAACCUCUUAACAAUUCGUUUAUCGCAUAAUAACCUCACUGGGGAAGUUCCUUUCCAGUUGGGUGAUUCGUCGAAACUCAUCGUACUCUCCUUGGGUGCCAACAAUUUGAUUGGGGGUUGGAAUGGUAUCGGCGGAUCUGUUCCUAACAAUUUGGGAAACCUCAAGAAUCUUCAACAGUUCAUGAUUGCUGGUAACUACUUGGGAAAUGGGAACACAGGAGACCUGGAUUUUCUUUCUUCGUUGAGCAAUUGUAGCCUAUUACAAAUAUUGGAUCUAGAGGCGAAUCGAUUAGGUGGCCCGUUGCCAGAAUCCAUAGGCAAUUUAUCAAUCCAACUCAACAUGCUUUUUAUGGGAUGGAAUCAGAUUUCAGGAAAUAUUCCUGAAGGGAUUGGCAAUCUCGUAAGCUUAACUCUUCUGCAUUUGCCGAGAAAUGCCCUGGAGGGGACCCUUCCAACUUCUUUGGGGAAGCUUCGAAAUCUUGAAAGAUUGUUUCUCGAAGCCAAAGAAAAACUUGUUGCAGUGAAGGUACUUAACCUUCAAAACCGUGGCGCUGCAAAAAGCUUCAUGGCUGAAUGCAAGGCUUUGGGGAAAGUUCGACAUCGGAAUGUUCUCAAAAUUAUAACUUCCUGCUCGAGCAUUGAUUACCAAGGCAAAGAUUUCAAGGCUUUAGUUUUCGAAUUCAUCCCUAAUUGGAGUUUGGACAGUUGGCUUCAUGAGCAACAUGAGUCAAGUGAUUUUGGAUUGGCUAAGCUCUUGUCUAGCGACACAAACAAUAUGGGUAAUGAUCAAACAGAAUAUGGCAUGGGCGGGGCAGUGUCUCCAGAAGGUGAUAUUUACGGCUAUGGGACUCUGCUCUUGGAAAUGAUCACCGGAAGGAGACCAACAGAUGGUACGUUUCAUGGCGGCUUAAGCCUUCACAAUUUCUGUAAGAUGGCACUACCGGAACGAUUGAAGGAGAUUCUCGAUUUUCGCUUGCUCGAACAAAUUAGUGAAAACAAUGAGAGAUUAACAAGUUAG